GUCCUACUUGUGGCCUUUUAGGGUGGCGAGAUGGGGGAGAUGAAGGAUGGAGUCUCAGAAGGAGCACAACUUCAGUCAUCCUCAGUACACCGAAAUCCCAACUAUCACCCACGGUAUCGAAGGGGCCCUCCUCGGCCACGUCCUGUUCUUCCUGUGGGGGAGGCAGAAGACAAGGAGAACCAGCAUGGGGCUGGCGGCCCACAGCAGCCAUCAGCUCGCCGGGGUUACCGGCGCCCGUACAACUACCGGCGCAGACCUCGCCCUCCAAAUGGUCCUUCCCAAGAUGGCAAAGAGGUGGCUGAAGCACCAACUGAAAACCCUGCUCCAACUGCUCAGCCCAGCAGCGCCGAGUGAUGUCUGACUCUGAGAAGCACCUUUUCCAUUACAGGUGUGCUAAAACAACACCAGAGAAAGAAACCUUAAAUACUUUACCAACACCAAAGAGAUAUCCAAGCAAUAAACUAACCAAGAUUUUUGAGAAGAUCAGAACUUUUUUAUUCUUAAAUUAAAAACAUGGGAAGAAAAACCCUUACCAGCAAGCUGAGAUCCAGGAAUGCAUGCACAAGAGAUAACAGAAAGAAAUGAAACAGCUUCCUCAAUUUCAGCAACAACUGUGGUUUUUUUUCUGGCUUUACCAUAUUGCUAUUAUGAAUUGAAAGAAAAUUUUGGCACCAACUCUAAAGGGAAGAACCCAACCAAAGAAAUUAUAGUAAAUGCUUUUUUUUUUUCCAAUUUUGAUGCUGGUGCUAAACCUUCCCAGGUGUGGUUUAAUUUUUUUUUUCUUUUGCCAGUCCUAUAUUAUCGGGAUUGGGGAGGAGAAAUUUCCUGCUUUAUACCAUGUGACAACUGAGUGACCUUCCUCAGAAAUAAAUUUCACCCUCUGAGGGAAAAAGAGA